AUGUGGUUAUCAUUUACUUUUUUACAUCAUUCCACCCAUGCCGCCCAUGCCGCCCAUACCUCCCAUACCGCCCAUACCACCGGCGGCAGGGCCCUUCUCCUCAGGAGCCUCAACGAUGGCGACCUCAGUGGUGCCGAGCAGGGAGGCAACACCGCUGGCGUCAACGAGACCGGUGCGGACGACCUUGAAGGGGUCGAGGAUACCGGCAGCAAUCAUGUCGACGUACUCGCCCUUGGCGCUGUCGAAGCCCUUGUUGAACUCGUUGGCGAACUCGUCGGUGAGCUUACCAACGAUGACAGAGCCCUCAAGACCGGCGUUCUCGACGAUGCUGCGGGCGGGGCGGGUGAUGGCGUUCUUGACGAUGCUGACACCGAGCUGCUGGUCGAAGUUGGCGGUCUUGACGUCCUUCAGGGCCAGGGCAGAGGCCUUGAUGAGGGCGGUACCACCACCGGGCAGGAUACCCUCCUCAACGGCGGCGCGGGUGGCGUUCAGGGCAUCGACGAAGCGGUCCUUCUUCUCACCGACCUCGACCUCGGAGGAGCCACCGACCUUGAUGACGGCGACACCACCAGAGAGCUUGGCCAGACGCUCCUGAAGCUUCUCCUUCUCGUACUCGGAGGUGGUAGGGUCGUUCAUGACACCACGGAUCUGCUCGCAGCGCUGAGCAAUGGAGUCCUUGCCACCCUCGCCGUUCAGGAAGAUGGUGUCCUCCUUGGUAAUGGUGAUGGAGCCAGUGGAGCCGAGCAUGUCGGGGGUGGCCUUCUCGAGCUUGAUGUCAAGCUCGUCGGUGAAGACCGUGCCGUUGUCACCGAGGAUGGACUUGCGGUUGUCACCGAAGCCGGGGGCCUUGACAGCGGCAACCUGGAGCUGGCCACGGAGCUUGUUGAGAAUGCAGACGGCGAGAGCCUCACCCUCAAUGUCCUCAGCAAUGAUGACGAGAGGGCGGCGCAUCUGGGUGGAGGCCUCAAGAGCGGGGAUGAUAUCCUGGACGGCGGAGAUCUUCUUCUCGGAGAGGAGGAUCAGGGGCUUCUCGAACUCGACCUUCUGGGACUUGGCAUCGGUGAUGAAGUAGGGGGAGACGAAACCACGGUCGAAGCGCAUACCCUCGGUGACCUCGAGCUCGUCGACCAGAGUCUUGCCCUCCUUGACGGUGAUGACACCCUCCUUGCCGACCUUCUCCAUGGCGUUGGCAAUCAUGCGGCCGAGAGCCUGGUCACCGUUGGCAGAGAUAGUGGCGACCUGAGCAAUCUCCUCGCUGGUAGUGAUAUCUCUCUUGUUCUUCUGGAGGUACUCGACGACGGCAUCGACGGCGGCCUGGAUACCACGGCGCAGGUCCAUAGGGUUGCAGCCAGCGGCGACGUUCUUGACGGUCUCGGAGAAGAUGGCGCGGGCGAGGACAGUAGCGGUCGUGGUACCGUCACCGGCGGUCUCGUUGGUCUUGGAGGCGACAUCCUGGAGGAGUCUGGCACCGAGGUUCUCGAACUUGUCCUUCAAGGUGAUGGCCUUGGCGACAGUUACACCAACGUUACGACCCUUGGGACCAAGUGUCGUGGCAACGGCCUUGGCCAGAGUCUCAACACCAGCCAGCAGAGAAGCGCGGCCCUCGACACCGAACUUGAGCUCCUACAGGGCGAGUCAGUAUACCUUGUCCAAUAUCAUUGGCACUACUACGAGGCAUAUAAACGUACCUUGUGGGCAAAGCGAAGCUGUUGGCCCAGGCCGGCGCCGGGGCGGAACUUGGUAGCGGCGGAGGAAGCGAUGGACGCUCUGGCGCGGGAU